AUGGCGACCGGGCGCUCGUCGGAAAGCCUUUCAGCGAACCUCUGCAACGUUAAUAACGAAGACAACGCCCUGUCAGACCGCGCUUUCUUGUCUUCUAUCGAGGACAUGAUCAAGUCGGAUCCUGAGCAGGACGAGUCCAACCUCCAACAGAACACCGGUUUCAGCCAAACUCAGCGUGCAGCAAUCGAGGCCAUCGUGACUGAUUCAGUCCGCUCCACCAUAACAACCCUUCAAACUUCGCCAGCCGCGCAGCUCCCUUCUGCCUCGCCUCAAAAUCUCUUCACACCUGGCAUGGCUUCCCCUCUAGGGAUUUCUAGGCCAGUAGACAAGAUUUUGGAGGACAAAAUACUCAGGGGUGGGUACAUUGACUUUGCGUUACUUUUGCCCGAUACAUUAUACCAGUCCCAGACCCCUGAAAUUCAGCUUCGUUUGGACGACUCGUCCUCAGGCCCCAUGGGUUCUCCGGUUACCAUGGUCAGAAAGAAAAAAACGGUAAUUGAUACCUUCCCCAAGUGGCUCGACGCUUUCAUGACCUACAUGUUAAUACUCGUGAAUGCCUACCCACGAAGGGCGCUCGAGCUUAUCAAAUACCAGCAAAUUAUCAGCAGAGCGGUCGCUAAAUUUAAGGGUUUGGCCUGGCUAUCGUGCGACCAGCAGUUCCGUCGCCGGGCGGCCUAUGACUUGUCCCUGAGCUGGGAUAAGGUAGACCUUGAGCUAUGGACAGUGACUUUCGCAGGCCUCGCUAAGCCCCACUGCAAUGUUUGCUCGAGUCCCUAUCACGCUGAGGAUGUCUGUCCUUCUGCUGACCUUAACAGAAAAUCUCGCCGCCCCCAGUCUGUGUGCUUCGACUUCAACAAGUCCUCUGGCUGCCUGCGCCGAAAUUGCAGCUACCCCCACGUGUGCCGCCGCUGCUAUUCCAGCACCCACCCCGGCCUGGAAUGCACCCAGCCACAGCCCAGCAGCGCCAACAAGGCCCCAAGACCUAGCGACCGCAGCAAGAAGUAAAGUGGAGCAGCAACGGCUUAAUCACAAGCCUUUAGUAUCCUCGCCUAUUGACAUUUAUCGUUUAGAGUUAGAAUUAGCCACUCAUCCUAACAGAAACUUUGUAUAUAAUCUGCUUAGUACGCUCAAGGAGGGUGCUCGCAUUGGCUAUACAGGGCCGCGUUCAGACCGGGUCUCCCCGAACCUCAUUUCGGCAGCACAGCACCCUGAAGUCGUUUCUUUGAAUUUGCAGAAGGAAAUAGCCCUGGGAAGGUUAGCAGGUCCCUACCCCUCCCCCCGUUACCUACGUUUCAGUGUCAUCCGGUAG